AUGUUCAGUGCCCUGGGAGGAUCAUCUGCCCUUCACAUCCCAGCCUUUCCAAGUGGUGGCUGCCUUAUUGACUAUGUACCCCAAGUCUGCCAGCUGCUAACUAAUAAGGUACAAUAUGUUAUUCAGGGAUACCAUAAGAGAAGAGAGUAUAUUGCAGCUUUCCUGAGUCAUUUUGGAACUGGUGUGGUUGAAUAUGAUGCAGAAGGAUUCACAAAACUCACUCUGUUACUGAUGUGGAAAGAUUUUUGCUUCCUUGUCCACAUUGACCUACCCCUUUACUUUCCUCGAGACCAGCCAACUCUAACAUUUCAGUCAGUCUAUCACUUCACUAAUAGUGGACAGCUAUACUCCCAGGCCCAGAAGAAUUACCCUUACAGCCCACGCUGGGAUGGCAAUGAAAUGGCAAAGCGAGCAAAGGCUUAUUUCAAAACAUUUGUACCUCAGUUCCAGGAGGCAGCAUUUGCCAAUGGAAAACUCUAGGAAACACCAGACUUUGAGAUGGUGCCAGAUAGAUUCUUACAUCCACAUGCACACAAGAGGACCUCCUGGAAGUGGGUUGGAACAUCUAUAUGUGCUUUUUGCUGCUGGAAUGGUUUUGAUUACUACAGAUUUCAUCGGAUCUGUGAAACAAAGGACCUUAUCUGGCUAACUUUACCCUAAAUAUUUGAUAUUACUUCCCUCGUUCUCUUCUACUAUCACCAUUUCUUUAUAUGUCCACUGGAUUAAAUUUUUUUUAAAGUGUUUAGGUAUGAUACCAUUUUCCUGUGACAGUAAUGUCCUAUGUGAUGCCCUGUUUCAGAAAUGCUUCUCUUUCAGGCAGUGGUGUAAUUUUUCUUUCUAAGCAAUGUUCUCCAUUUUCUGAGCUUUUGUAUGUUUGAGUUACUAUUUUUCAGCGUAUCCUAAGAACAUAUAACUGCCAUACAUACUAGAAUGCCUCGUGGACUAUAUAGUGCCAUAUUCUGCCUCUGACAUUUGCCUAUAUUUAUGGUUCUUAUCCAUACAUGUAUGGAUGUGAGUCAUGCAAUUUACACAGUGCCUUUCAAGUGAGUUUAAUGUUAACAACAUUUUUUAACAUCACAGUUGAAAGUUCAUCAUGUGUUGAAUGCAGUGUCCUUAUGUUGUUGGUUAGUUUAAGCAAUAAAGUUUAAGGUGGUUAAUUAAUAUUCAUCAUUAUUGCUAAGAAAAGUGUGUUGCUUUAGUAUUAAAAGCUCAGUCACCAACUGUGUAAGUUAAGUUGACAAAACAAAGCUCCUUCAUAGACCUACAGCUUUGUAGGUAACAGUUAUAGUAAUACAGCUGUAAGUGUAUUUAAUCGAAGACUUGCAGUUAGAAUCAGCACGUUUACUUUGUGAAAAGAAAAAGAAGACAUCGUUUUUCCUAAUACAGAAAUGGUAAAUGCAGAAUCCCAACCACUCAUCUUCCCCUUCCUGUGAUAUGUUAUGGAAGGCCAGAUCUAGCUGACUCUUAAUGGUGUCACUUCCCAAAUUAAUUGUAAAUAGACAGGGUACUUUCCAGCAUGGAAUAAAAUAAAGUUCAUAUGUUGUUAUAAAUGUCAUGUGGAAAAAGUGCCUUGCUUCUCCUAAGUGGUACAGAACUAAACAAAUGGUACAGAGUUGAUGAAGCUCUGCUAAAACAUCCAUUUGAAAGUUAAUAUAUCACCAUAAAGUAGCUGCCUAUCUUAAUAGAAUCAUAUAAAACUAUUUGAUUGGCAGUAUUACCCUUGUGUACACAUAACUGUUUUUUUUUUUAAAGAAACCUAUUCUUUACAAGAGGAAUAUAUGACCAAGGUAUCCAUGUGCUCUUUCUAAAUUAACAAAUUCUGCUAAUUGGGUUUGUACCUGAAAAGUAUCUUCCCUAACAAAUUUAUGCAAAGAAAAAAAUAAAGAAAAAGUUUCCCCGUAUAUGACUGAAAAGCUCAGUCAGUCAGGAAUUGAAGACCAAAUAGAAGUCAUGGCUACGUCAGAAUCCUUUCUUCAAGUCUGCAGAAAAGGUAACGGAGUCUAUCCUCUGACCAAUACCCUAGGAUUACUGAUGUAUCAAGUGAGGUGUAUAAACGGCCUGCAAGGGCCUUCAGAUAACUUUCCCCUUACAUGCGCACCAUGUUGGUCUGCUGAAGGCAAAAUAAAACCCAGUAACAGUUAUGGAAAGUUAUUACAAAGCAUGUAUGGAAAAGGGGUUGGCAACAUUUUCUGGCAGGGGGGCUGGAAUGACCCAACUUCGGUCAUAAGUAGGUGGCCUACUAUUCAGCUGCAGCGUGGCACAGCAAAAGCCCCCAUUCACCAGAGCCCAUGCCAACUGACUGCAGUGUGGCAUGAGCAGAGCUCCCCCUCCACCAGAGACUCAGGAUCCCAGCUGUAGCUUUCCGUGCCUCUCCCCCUGAGCGUAGCACGUCUGGGUCUCCUUCGAACCUCACCGUCGCCUUCUGGGUUGCAUGGCCAGGCUACUGGGAGCGGCCUUGGGUCAGCUCCCCCAGGGGUCUCGCCUGCUACAUCUUUGAUGUUGAUUGGUUCUUUUAGCGGGAGGAAGAUGUUUGAUCCCACGUCCCCAGUACUCCCCCUUGGUCAGCCUCGAGAUUAUUGUUUCUCAGGGUUCCACCUCCCCUACACCCCGCCUAACGCCAAUUGUGAUGUUAUUCGUCAGGGCCGGUGUUCUGGCCCUCACUAACACUCGGUUUCUUAAGGGCUGUGGCUGUGGGCUACAGAUGGUACUGGCACUGAGCAUCGACCACCGCCCUUCAGUGUUCCCUGGUUCACGGGCUGUCGGCCUCUGCCCAGGCUUCGGGUCCCCUUGAUGGGUUG